AUGGUUCGCAUUAAUCCAUUAAGCGUGCUCUUCGCCCUCGGCUUAACAGCCGUUCAAGCUACACAGUUCUGGCACAACACCGGAACGAAGGCCGGAUGGGAUACCUUUACACACGAACACAAAGGCACCGUCGAUGAAGUGACGGAUCGGGUCUACAAGGGCCCUACGGCUCUUAGAAUGACCCAAAUCCAUGAUGCGGGCUAUAAUGGCCGGUAUCACUCUGAAGCUGUCAAGUACAAUGUCUACCGCAAAGGCGACACCGGAUUUUACGGAUUUGCCUUUCUACUCCAGGAUGGCUGGCAGUUCAACCCGGCCCAAGGUUACAACCUCGCUCAAUUCAUUGCCGAUUUCUCGGAUCUUAAAUGCGGCGAGGAUUAUAUGCCUAGCACUAUGGUUUGGAUCGACGGCGACCAACUCAGCACCAGGGUAAAAUACGGCAACGUAUGUCCCACAAACCAGCAAAAGAUCAAGGAAUUCAAAAAGCUCAAGACGGUAACCGCCGGCGUAUGGCACCGCGUCGAGAUCCAAGCGAGCUGGAAGAGCGACAGCACCGGGUUUUUCAAGCUGUGGUACGACGGGGAGAAAGUCGUCGAAGCAUACAAUCUCCCGACGACGGUGGGCGACGGACGGUAUUUCCAGUUCAGAGUCGGGCUGUACGCCAAUGCUUGGCACGACCACGGCUACGAGGGUACUCAGGCGACUAGGCAGGUCUGGUACGAUCAGAUUGCUGCGGGCUCUGCGUUUAAGGACGCGGACCCGGGGGCAUGGGUUGCGAGCGCUAGUGGCAUGCGGUUUCAGCCAUCUUCCGAAGAUCUAUAG